AUGGCCCCCUUUAAACCUUUCCUCAGUCCUCGCUGCAAAUUCCACUGGUCACCCGAGUUGGAAGAGGCUUUUACAACAUCGAAAGAAGCCAUCGUGGAAGCCAUCCGCAAGGGGGUGGAGAUCUUUGAUAUACAUAAGCGAACCUGUCUCCGCCCAGACUGGUCAAGACUACGAGGUAUUGGUUACUUCUUGCUCCAGCAGCACUGCAGCUGCCCUUCUGGUAUACCAGAAUGCUGCCCUGGUGGAUGGCACAUCACCUUGGCCGGCUCACGAUUCCUCUCUUCAGCCGAGGAACGCUACGCCGCGAUUGAAGGGGAAGCACUUGCUGUGGCAUGGGGUCUUGAACAGACACGCUACUUUACACAAGGGUGCGACAACCUUGUCGUAAUCACGGACCACAAACCACUUGUGAAGAUCUUUGGUGACCGCACGCUGGACGAGAUAUCCAACUCGCGAUUGUUCUGGCUCAAGCAGCGCACCCUCCAGUGGCGUUUCGACAUCAAGCACUUACCUGGCAAGACGAACCUCGCUGCUGACGCAACAUCAAGACACCCCUCCCCAUCAGGCUCAGUGAACACUGCCUCGCUCGGAUUGUCCAGUUACCCAGACUUUGUCGAAUCGGCGCUAAUGGCCUCCAUCCGACACGAUGCUCAAGAGCUUGGUACAAUCUCAUGGCCUCUUCUCGCACAAGAAACCGCGGCGGACACAUCCCUGAGCCAUCUACUUAAGCUGAUAGAGCAGGGCACACAGAGUUUUGACAGAAACGACCCUAUACUCGCCAGCCUCUGGCCCAUCUGCGAAUCUACAUACGCACAAGAGG